AGAGGAGAGACAGAGAGAGAAGGAGAAGAGAGAGCUGAAUCUGGACUCAGCUGGGCUGGCUGCUUGUCUCCCUCUAUCUCGGGGAAUUCCCCUCCUGACUAGAAGUCGUCAGCCUUGUGUUCCUUCCUGCAGUCUCUCAGUCAGCUGAGCAAGAUUCGGAUUGUAACCCCCACCCUGAGACCCUUCCCCUCCUUCGCCCUUUGAAACUGUCAGGUGGGCACGCUGCCUCCAUGGAAGGGCGAGGACCAUACCGGAUCUACGACCCUGGUGGUGAGGGCAAGCAAGGAGAGGCCUCUGCCGCUUUUGAGCAUCUAGUGGAAGAGAAUUCCCGACUGAAGGAAAAAAUGCAAGGGAUAAAGAUGUUAGGGGAACUGCUGGAAGAGUCCCAGAUGGAGGCAUCCAAGCUGCGCCAAAAGGUAGAGGAACUGGCCAAGGACAAUGAGCUUCUCCAGCCAUCUCCUCCCUCAUCUUCCUUUGAUCACCUAGCUGAGCUCACAGGAGGUAAUACAAACCUUGAGUUGCCUCCAGUCAAUCCAACUGGCUCUAGACAUGAGCAGGCACCUACAGUGCAGAAAACUCCAUCCAGUGGUACCUCAUCUGAGUUUGAAGUUGUCUCCCCAGAGGAACGUAAAUCACCUUCAGAUGGCAAUAGUAACAGUUGCAUGUUGGAUCUGGCCCCCUUGCCCAAAGAGGAUAGCAACCUGAUGCUACAUUUGCAGAGGUUAGAGAGCACCCUAAGUGUCUGUGCAGAGGAACCUGAUCAUACCCAGGUCUUUUCCCACCUGGGCCGCAUGGCCUUAGAAUUCAACCGACUAGCCUCUAAGGUGCAUAAGAAUGAGCAGAGAACUUCCAUUCUUCAGACACUGUGUGAGCAACUCCGGAAUGAGAAUGAGGCCCUAAAAGCCAAACUGGAAAAGGACCUAGAGCAGAGAGACCAAGCCACAGAGAAGCUUCGGGAAGAGAACCAGGAGCUAAAGAAGUUGGUUAUGAGCAGUAGUGGCAAAGAGGGAGCCACUGGGCUGCCAGGUGGACUAAGAACGGAGGUCUCAGGUCGGAAAUCGUUGGCUAGGCAGCAGCAGGCUGGUAUAAGCCCAGGUAAUAUCCCUGAGGCAGGGACUAUGGGAGCUGCUGAGAAGAAAGUGAAGAUGCUUGAGCAGCAGCGGACUGAGCUUCUGGAGGUGAACAAGCAGUGGGACCAGCAUUUUCGUUCUAUGAAGCAGCAGUAUGAACAGAAGAUCACGGAACUACGACAGAAGCUGGCUGAUUCUCAGAAGUUGGUGAGUGAGCUAGAAGCUGACCGAGAACAGAAGCAGCGAGAUUUUGACAGAAAGCUUCUCCUGGCCAAGUCCAAGAUUGAAAUGGAGGAGGCUGAUAAAGAAAGAUUAACAGCAGAAGGCAAGGACCUGAGGCAGAGAGCUAAGUACCUCCAGGAUCAGUUGGUUCCCCUUACUCGACAACGGGAAUACCAGGAGAAGGAGAUCCAGCGUCUGAACAAGGCCCUGGAGGAAGCCUUAAACAUUCAGGCUUCUCCAUCCCCUACACCCAAUACUUUUGGAAAUCCUGAGGGACCAGGAGGAUUCCUGCGGAAACAAGAGCUACUUACCCAGAAUGAAUUAUUGAAGCAACAGGUAAAGAUCUUUGAAGAAGACUUUCAAAGAGAACGGAGUGAUCGGGAACGAAUGAAUGAGGAGAAGGAAGAGUUGAAGAAGCAGUUGGAGAAGCUUCAGGCUCAGGUUACCCUGUAUAAUGCCCAAAUAAAGGCUUUCAAGGAAGAAGAGAAAACAAGGGAAGCCCUUAGGCAACAAAAGCGAAAGAUGAAGGCCUCAGGAGAAAGAUACCACAUGGACCCUCUCCAAGAGCAUAUCUGUGGGGGCUAUCCCUAUGCCUACCAACCAGUGCCACCAUUCCUGCAUCACCACGAUUUUGAGGACUGGUUAGAAAUCCGAUACCCACCACCACCAAUGGCCCCAGAACAUUCACCUCCAAUUCCCAACUCCCGCCUCUUCCAUAUGCCAGAAUAUGCUUGGCGGCCCCCCUGUGGUGUGAUGAGGAACCAAAGCUCCCAGGUUAAUGCUGCCCCGAUCCAGCCUUCAGAGCCUGAACCGACUGAUCACGGAUUACCAAAGAACUAAAGGCCAAUCUAACCCCAUGACCAGAGCUGCUAUUGAAACAAAAUUAAUGGGGCAGUAGGAGCGUGGUGGGGAGGAUUGGGCCUUGUGUCUAUUCUUUCUCUUCACCUCGUCCCCAACCUGGACCCUUCGCAGACCACUGGAUUUUCUGUUUGUUGGAGCUCUUUGUUUUCCAGUGGAAGUGCCUGUAGAAGGCUUUUGUUUCCCAUCUAGAAGUAGGGAAGGUGGGAUGAGGAGCUAGGGUCUAGAUUUUAGAGAAAAGGAGAGUGGAGCUCCAUGACACUGACACUCCACAGUUGGUCAGAAUCCUUCAGGUAAUACUGUCAGGAGCUAUUGAUUGUAUUUUUCCCUUCUUCCUAAAUGGACACAUCAUCUCUUGGGCCAGUGUAAUAUGUAUUAGUUUAAGAUACAGAUUUUUGUUCUAGGACUCUAAAAGUCAUUUCCAGUAUCCCUUCUGGAACAGGCAAUAGAGAAUGCUGUUUUGUUCUAGGAGAAAAGAACAAGAUGGUAAUGUUUCUAGUUAAGAGUUGCCCUGUUUUUGAGCCUUAACUUCUUUCCCAACCCCUGGUCUUUUCCCUCUAGCCAUGCUGACUAGAUACUUUGCAAUGUCUCAUUGCCUUAGUGGUGUGGCAAGUGUGUUUGGGUUCUUUGCUUGUGGUUACCAUGGUUUUCCCCUCAAUAAUUCCCAAAAUUUGAGAUGGACUUGGGUGUGUGGGAAGAACAGAUCAAAGGGGAGCAUCGUGGGGGCAUGGACAGGAGUGUGAUUGGGUGGCCAGGCUAGUGUUGGGACAAUUCUGAGACAAAAAAAAAAAGAUGAAGUUUUUAUCCAGUCUUUCAUCAUAUCCUUUUUUCUUCAUGGAAGGCUAGAGAAUGUGCUCUUUUCCCUUUACCUUUCUAAAACAUUCCCUAGCCUGGCUACUUUUGUCACUUAGCCCUUUCUCCCUGGUCCCAACUUCCAUUUCUCCUUCUCUUCCAAGAAUGAGCUGGGGAUGAGCUUUCCCAUUCUUUGCUUCACAUUUGGGAAGAACCAACCAGGGGCUUUAUGGAGCAAGCCAAGUUCCCACUGCCUAUUGUUUGAGUCCUUUCCCCUACCAUAGCCACAAACUCUUGACAGCUUUUCCUUCUCUAGGAAUGUCCCACUUUUCCAGCUGAAUACUCCAGACCUAAGCUAAUGAAGCACUUAAGGAUCUCAGAGUCUGGAAGUCAACAUAUUUGAAAAUGAAAAGCCCUUGUUCUCUCCCCUGGGGUAGUUAAGUUCAGUUAUGAUUUUCAUCACUCAAGAGUCAUGACGUACUAUUUGUUUGGGGCUGAAGGCUAGUUAUGUGAUCCCUUCAGACCUCCUGGUCUCCUCCUGAUCUCUCCCUUUUGAGGUCAGGGACUGUUGUUUGUCAUAUCUAUUUUUUUCUUUCCCAGGACUUUGUAUAUAGUAGGUCCUCAAUAAAGAGUUGUUGAAUGAA